AUAUUCCUGGGCUCCUGAAAGUGACGCCUUUGUCUAGCAUACUCACACAAUGCCGUCCCUCGCGAAUCCCUUUGUGCGCCCCGCAACCACUUCGCCCCGCCUGCACAUCCUCCAAGUCAGCCAGCUCUCCAUUGCAGCACUCAGCCUCAUCGCCUUCGUCAUCACCCUCGUGCUCCCGCUCAACCACAAGCUCUUCACCCUUAGCCUCCUCUACACUCCGCUUCUCACCUCCAUCACCACCGUAUACCUCGUCCGUCGCGAGAAGAGACGCGCAGCAGAUGGCACGCUGUCCAAGCAGAAAUAUGUGAAAUACCAGCUAUUCAAGAUGGUGGCGGCGAUUGGCUUGUCCGUUGUGGGCUUCAUUGGUCACUUGGCUAGUGCGCCUCACAGUGCUGGUCAAGGGCAGAAGACAGGGGAGAGGGGUAUGUGGAUUAAUGGGGUGAGGAUCAACACGUGGAUGGGGUUGAUGCUUUGGAUCAACUUCUUCAACUGGCUGUUUUUGUGGGCAAGCUUGUGCUACUCGUGCUGCAUGACAGGGAACAAGCAGGGGCCUAUUGCUCUUGCGGGCGAGGAGGCGCAUAUUGGUCUUGCUGAUGAGACGUAUGAGGAUGAGGAUGUUCGCGUCUAAGUCUCAGUCUGGGGUUUUCAUGGUUAGGCAGCUGCAUAUGCAGUACGGCAUGCGUGUCACGUUAUAUCUCGUGUACCUAUGGCAACCGGUCUCGCAGCUUUGGAGAUCACUAGAUCAUAAUGAGGAAAGUCAAGAAUUUCUGAAACGAAAAUGCUUCAGUUUAUUGCUAGAGUCACAAACAAAACUAUGAUGAGUUUGGGAAAAGCUUUGAGCAUGACUACACACGGUCAUGCCCAAAUCCCUCUAACCA